CUCUUUACCACUGCUUUAUGCAUACUUCCCAUCUACAUUUGGGCUCCUCCUAUACUUUCCUUCUUCGGCGAAGCUCCUCCCAUCUCUAAAGCCGCGGGGAGAUUCGCGUUGUGGAUGAUCCCGCAACUAUUUGCCUAUUCAGCCAACUUUCCUAUACAGAAAUUCUUGCAGUCACAGGGGAAAGUUCUUGUGAUGGCUUGGAUCUCAGGAGGGGUUCUUGUUUUACACGCAGUGUUUAGCUGGCUCUUCAUACUUUACUUUAACUGGGGACUUGUUGGUGCAGCCAUCACUCUCAACACCUCGUGGUGGCUUAUUGUUAUUGCUCAGCUUUUGUAUAUCUUGAUCACCAAGUCAGACGGUGCUUGGAGUGGGUUUUCUUGGCUUGCGUUUCAUGACCUCUACGGAUUUGUCAAACUGUCUUUAGCCUCUGCUGUUAUGCUCUGUUUGGAGUUCUGGUACUUGAUGGUUCUUGUCGUUAUCACGGGUCUCCUUCCUAAUCCGUUAAUACCAGUCGAUGCCAUUUCCAUUUGCAUGAACAUACAAGGUUGGACCGCAAUGAUUUCAGUCGGAUUUAACGCUGCGAUAAGCGUGAGGGUAUCGAAUGAGCUUGGUGCGGGAAAUGCAACUCUUGCGAAAUUCUCGGUGGUAGUUGUCUCCAUAACAUCAACUAUUAUCGGUGCGGUGUGCAUGAUUGUUGUCUUAGCCACAAAAGACGUCUUCCCUCAUCUUUUCACGUCUAGUGAAGCUGUGGCAGCGGAAACCACGAGAAUAGCAGUCUUGUUGGCCUUCACUGUCCUCUUGAACAGCCUCCAGCCCGUCUUGUCAGGUGUUGCGGUUGGAGCUGGGUGGCAGUCUUUGGUGGCUUACGUGAACAUUGCGUGUUAUUACAUUAUUGGACUUCCUGCUGGUCUUGUUCUUGGAUUCACACUAAACCUUGGUGUUCAGGGAAUAUGGGGAGGUAUGGUAGCUGGAAUCUGCUUACAGACACUUAUAUUGAUUGGAAUCAUCUACUUCACAAACUGGAAUAAAGAGGCUGAGCAAGCCGAGAGCCGCGUUCAGAGAUGGGGAGGAACGGUACGGGACUGA